CGUGAGCAUGCUUUCGAGGUCCUUUGGAUUUUCAUUCAGGCAAAUGCAAAGUAGUCCUUGUGAGGGUCCUUUCCUGAGCACCACACACACGUGUACUGUGCGCCGUAACCAUGGCGGACCUGCAGAUGAAGCUUCUGCGGAAAAGAAUUGAGAAGAGAAAUGUAAAGAACAAGGAGCGGAAACUGCUGAGGAAACAGGCAGAAGACGAGGAGGCCGUCAAUCCAAAGGGGCUUGUAGAGGAAUGUUCUGAAGAACCAACAACCUGCUGUGAGGUCGAGGACGAGGUGCCCAAGAAGAAAGAGAAGCAGCAGAACGGUGCACCGGUGGAAGACGCCUCCACAGAGAGAACCCUCUCUCAGAGGAAGAAAAAGAAGAAACGAAAGCUCGCUGACACACAAGAAUCUCCAGCUGAGAAGAAGACCAAAGCAACAGAGGAGGAGGAGGAGGAAGAGGUAGAUGAAGCAGGAGUAGCAGAUGAUGAUGGAGAACAGGCUACUGAUGAGUCAGAGGUAGAUGCAGAUGAAGAUGUGGAAGAGGGUGACGACAAUAAUAUGGAGGAAGAUAGCGAAGAGGAAGACCAACCAGAAUUACCAUCUGGUCUAACAGGAGCAUUUGAGGACACAUCAUUUACCUCUCUUGCUGAGUUGGUGAGUGACAACACCCUGAAAGCCGUGAAAGAUAUGGGCUUUGAACACAUGACUGAGAUUCAGCAUAAAAGUAUUCGUCCCCUGCUGGAAGGAAGGGACGUGCUUGCUGCAGCGAAGACAGGCAGUGGUAAAACCUUGGCCUUCCUCAUCCCAUCUAUAGAGCUCAUCUACAAACUCAAGUUCAUGCCCAGGAAUGGCACGGGUGUAGUGAUACUUUCGCCCACACGUGAGUUGGCAAUGCAGACCUAUGGUGUGAUGAAGGAGUUGAUGGCUCAUCAUGUGCACACCUAUGGACUGGUCAUGGGAGGUAGCAACCGCUCAGCUGAGGCCCAAAGACUUGCCAAUGGUGUCAACAUCCUGGUUGCCACACCUGGUCGUCUGCUGGACCACCUACAGAAUACCCCUGGGUUCAUGUACAAGAACCUACAGUGUCUGAUUAUUGACGAGGCAGACCGCAUCCUUGAGGUGGGCUUCGAGGAGGAACUGAAGCAGAUCAUCAAACUGCUGCCGAAGAAGAGACAGACCAUGCUGUUUUCAGCCACUCAGACCCGUAAGGUGGAGGACUUGGCUCGCAUAUCGCUGAAGAAAGAGCCCCUCUAUGUCGGGGUGGAUGACAACAAAGACAACGCGACUGUUGAUGGCCUCGAGCAGGGCUAUGUGGUAUGCCCAUCAGAGAAGCGAUUCCUGCUCCUCUUCACCUUCCUGAAGAAGAACCGUAAGAAGAAGCUGAUGGUCUUCUUCUCAUCUUGUAUGUCUGUGAAAUUCCACUAUGAGCUGCUCAACUACAUUGACCUGCCUGUCCUGGCCAUCCAUGGCAAGCAAAAGCAGACCAAACGUACCACCACCUUCUUCCAGUUCUGCAAUGCAGAUUCAGGCAUCCUGCUGUGCACAGAUGUGGCAGCUCGAGGACUGGACAUCCCUGAGGUGGACUGGAUCGUCCAGUAUGACCCUCCAGAUGAUCCCAAGGAGUACAUCCACAGGGUCGGCAGAACAGCCCGAGGCCUCAACGGAAGAGGGCACGCUCUCCUCAUUCUCCGACCAGAGGAGCUUGGCUUCCUACGCUUUCUCAAACAGGCUAAGGUCCCACUGAGCGAGUUUGAAUUUUCCUGGAGUAAAAUCUCUGAUAUCCAGUCUCAGCUGGAGAAACUGAUUGAGAAGAACUACUACCUCCACAAGUCAGCGCAAGAAGCCUACAAGUCGUAUGUGAGGGCUUACGACUCCCACUCGCUCAAACAGAUCUACAGCGUCAACACUCUCAACCUGCCGAUGGUGUCAAUCUCAUUUGGCUUCAAAGUUCCCCCAUAUGUUGACCUGAACGUCCACAGCAGUAAAGGUGGAAAGUUUCAGAAGCGAGGCGGCGGAGGCGGGUUUGGAUACCAGAAGUCCAAGAAUGGGCAAAAAUCUAGAAUCUUCAAGCACGUCAACAAAGGAAAAGGCGACAAGAGGCAGUUCUCCCGCUGAAGCCUUUGAUAGAAUUCUUCUUGGACUGAUUCCUCCACUAUCAUUAGAACAGACCUUUUAUUACAUGAACUUCCUGCUUGGAAGAGUGCCAUGCAGUGUGUAGGGCACAUCUCCAAUUUCACCGCUAAACCCUGUUUUCUUCCUCAAACUCGUGUCAGAGUAUUUUGUAAAUGUAAACAAAUGUGGUUUUGGUAGUUUGGAAGAAAUCCACUGUGGACUCUGAUCAACAGUAAGACUCUUUUAGAACUUCCUUAUUUGUAUCUGACAAAUAUCAAAUAUCUUUAUCCACUUUGAAUAUAUUAACUUUGCUUCAUUCAUUGACUUUGUAAAUGCUUAUUACAAUGAAUUCAAUUGAUUUAAACAAUGUGAGGAGCUGAUGAUAAUUUUCUUUAUGAAGGCAGACGCUCCUCAAAUCUGUUACAGUAGCUGUAGCAGUGCUGGGCUCCUGAGUGCGACCAAAAAUCUGAAGUGCGACUAAAGACUUUGUCACGCCGGUGUGCCACACAUUUGGCUGUUGUGUCUGUAUUUGAGUCGUGUCGCUUCCUCUUGUCGUCUUUAGCUGAGGCUGUUUGGAAGCAGCAGUUAUUGUUUGUACUGAACUUUACUAUAGUAACUAAAGUUUACUGUGUUUUUUUGAUUCAUUAA